UACACCACUGCCUUUGCGUCAAAUAACCUCAAAGCCAUUGGGCAGGUUGACGACGCGUGUCCGUGAGACACAAAUUAAAAAAAAAAAAAAAACAUGAUAUAGGUACAUACAUGUAUGUAUGCGUCUAACAAACGAUUAGAUUGAAAAAUACGAGAGUGCAAGAUCGUAAGAAAAUAAUUAUAAUUAUAUACCUUGUACUGUAAUACGUGUACAAUGGUAUUUUUGACAAAAGUUAUUUUAGCUUAUGCGAAAAAGCCACCGAGAAGAUAUCUACGUUCCAGAUUCAUUGAUACGCUGCGUCUUCAUGUCAGGGCGGGUACAGGAGGUGCUGGAUUGUCUCGUUAUGGCGGAUUGGGAGGUCCAGGGGGUAAUAUAUAUGUAGUUGCAAAAGACGAGUUAACAUUAGAGCAAGUAGCCAAGUCUUUGAAGACCAAACGGAUCAAAGCAGAUCCAGGCAAUGACAGUACAGCAAGGGGAAUUAUAGGUGCACCUGGUGAAGACAAGAUUAUUACAGUUCCAUGUGGUGUUGCAAUAUAUAAUGAGAAUGGAGUAUUGUUAGGAGAGUUAAACAAAGAAGACUCCAAACUAUUAGUAGCUAGAGGUGGUUUAGGUGGUUCUGAAAAUACAGGUUACUGUGGAUUGAAGGGAGAAUCUCGGAUAAUAAAAUUGGAUUUGAAACUGAUUGCUGACAUCGGACUAGUUGGUUUUCCCAAUGCUGGCAAGAGUACAUUCUUAGCAGCAGUUUCAAAAGCCAAGCCUAAAAUCGCUAGUUAUCCCUUCACUACCAUAAGGCCCAAAUUAGGUAUUAUGAAAUACAACGAUUUAAGACAGAUUACCGUGGCAGACUUACCAGGUCUGAUUGAAGGAGCACACAUGAAUAUUGGAAUGGGUCACCAGUUUUUAAAGCAUAUUGAAAGAACAAAGCUACUCAUGUUUAUCGUAGAUAUACAAGGAUUUCAAUUAUCACCUAAGCAUGGUCAUAGAUCCUGUUUAGAAACUGUAGUCUUGCUAAACAAGGAAAUUGAGCUCUAUAAACCAGACUUAUUAAAAAGGCCAGCCGUGCUUAUAAUUAAUAAAAUGGACACUGAUAAUGCUGAUAAUAUUCUCCAAGAAAUUAAGCCAGCACUGUAUAAUUUAUCAAACUAUGUGUCUACAUGUUCAAAGGAUAUACAACCUGAACAGGUGAUACACUUUGAUGAUAUUUUGCCAACAUCCUUAAUCUCAAAAGAUAAAAACGAUAUAGAAACGAUCAAAAACAGGAUACGGAGUAUAUUGGAUAAAUAUGAAGAGAAGAAACAUACAUUAGAACAUGGUGAUUUGGACUCUUUGUUAAUGAAGAGGCUAAAAUGUCAAUUAGAGGAACAUACGCCGACCGUUGUAUAAAUUUGUAACGUACAAAAAUAAAUAUUUUGUACAUAA